AUGAUACGAAGCGACAGCGAUAAGCACCUCCAGGCACCACCACCGUCUCCCAUCCCAACUGCAAAAGGUUGUCGCUCUGCCGCCAACUCCAUCUUCACUAACUACCUCCGCCACUCCCUUCAAGUACCAGACCUCUCUGAAGUCCCGGAUUCCAUGACUAUUUCUUCUGUUGCGAUGACGCCAGAGCUUUCUCCCAAACCUAAUACAUACGAGCCACAAGUAAUCAGUCUCCCAUCCAUAGAGUCUCGUGACGACGAUGCCGUGAACCGCCUCCUCCAAGCAGCGAGGGAGUUUGGCACCUUCACCAUCACUGACCAUGGUAUCUCUGCUGAAGAGCUUCGAUCACUCGUCCAGAAUGCCGAGCACGUUUUUCAGGUUCUUGAGGACACCGACAUGGGCCACCCGCCCCGUAACUUUGUCAAGUUUCGCGAGUACAAAGAGCAGAUUGAGUGGGUCCGCUCGGGAGAGGAGCGCAUGGAAUGGGCCCGGGGCUGGGUCAGCCGCGAUGGUUCCCGCCACUUCGGGGAAGUGAUGGAGAAGAUAGCGACGAAGCUGGAUGAGAUGGCGAAGCUGAUAUGCGAGGUGUUCUCGGAGAACUGGACGAAGCGGCAGUUCGGGAGGAGGUUCGAGGAGAAAGAUUCGGUGGUGCGCCUGUACAGAUACAACCGCAGAAGCAACGAGAACCAUGCAGAGUUGGUAAAUCAACAACAACAACAACAGUCUGAUGAUAGUGUCGGCCACGCUUUGUGUCUCCACUUGCCAGUCUCCCUCUCUCACUUCUUACUUCAAUCUUCCCAAGGCCUUCUCUCCUUCGACGCUGGCCCUCGCUCUCUCAUCGUCUCCGUUGGACGUCGCUUGCAGGAGUGGAGCUUGGGAGAUUUCAAGUGUAUCUCAGGGGAAGUGGUAUGUUUGCCGCAACAAGAAGGAGGGAAACCAUCCUACUCUGUGGAGCUUAAGUGCUUGUCUCUAAAUUUCGACGUGAGUCGAUCCAAAAAGAAGCGUCUCGCAACAAUCUCAGUGAGGAAUCAGAUAAUGAUAGGACUAGCACUCGCCCUCUUAUAUAAACUUGUGGUUUAUGUAUGCUCAACCUGGGAAGCUUAUAAACUUCACCAUCUAUGA